AUGCAGGUCCCCAACGUAACUCUGGAAGAUCUCCAGGCUUUCCAGAACAAGCACUUCCCUGGCGAACCCCAAACACAGCCAUCGUUCCUAGAAAAUGACCUGGCCACGGAUGAGGAUCUCGGGUACUACCCAGAUGGGGUGAAGCGCACGCUCACAGAUGAGCAGAUCGAAAUGUUUAGACACAGCGAGAUUCACACCUUGCUUCGCGAGAGGCAGCUCCAAACUGACAACGCCGAGUACGAGGCUCGGACAAAGCUGGCUGCACAAGCUGAGGCGGACUCUCAAGAAAACACAGUGCCGGAGCUGAAUAAUGCGGAUUUGAAGAAAGCUACUUUGCCGCGCAGUGAUCAUCACGAGCGACUGGAGCAACGACCGGAAAACCAAGACCAUCGCUCCGGUGGAGGAUCUUUGGAUUAUGGGGAUGAAAGCUCAAACCCUCCCCCGACCGAGCAGCCGCAGAUCUCACGAGCACCAUACCAAGGUCGUAGGAUUGUCUCUUAUGAUGACUGA